AUGAAAACUAAAAAUAAACUUAAUAAAAUGUCAUCAAUAGAUUAUGCAUUUCAAAACUAUAACGAGUAUUCGAGCCCUGCAUUAACUGUGAUGAUGAGGAUGUCAAAUGCUUUCCAAGAAGCUCUUAGCAAGGCAAGAACUUUGGAUAGCUCAACAAUUACUAUUGCAGAUUAUGGUUCAUCAGAAUGCUUAAACUCUAUGCUUUUCAUAAAGCAUGCUUUGACUCCUUUCAGAGAGACCUCUCAGCAACCAAUUCUUAUUUACCAUAAUGAUUUGCCCACAAAUAGCUGGUCAAAAGCAUUUAAGACAAUUUUGGAGCAUCAAGAUUCUUAUAUCAACCUACCAAAUGUUUAUUUCUCUUCUGUCGGGAGAACUUUUUUUGAACAGAUUUUGCCUGAUAAUUCAGUGACAAUAGGAAUUUCUUCAAUAUCUUUUCACUUCUUAUCUGAAGAUCUUUCUGCGCCUGAUCAUGUGCUGGCUUCAUCCUCAAAUGAUCUUGAGUUCAAAGAGAAAGCUGCAAAAUUUGCACAUGAUGACCUUAUAAAUCUCUUGGAACUCAGGUAUAAAGAAUUAGUGGACCAUGGUACGCUAAUUCUGCAAUUUGCUGGGGAGACAAUGGAUUUUGGGCAAUAUUUGCAAGAUGCAAAUGAAAGGUUGUAUGAAAAAGGAAUAGUCACUGAAGAAGAAAAAACAAGUUUGUCAGCUGCGUCUUAUGGAAGAACAACAGAAGAAGUCCAGAGAGCUUUAGAUCAAGAACGAGAAAAAUUUAGAGUUCUUUAUUUCAAUAAAGAAAAAGUCCCUAUGUUCACCGGGAAGAGUGAAAAGCAUAUUGAAAUAUUUACUGGGAUGAGCAAGAUGGUUGUGGGAUUUCAAUUGCAGAAAACUAUUAAAAGAACAGAGGAAGAGAGAAAUGAAAUAUUGAAACAGUAUGUUGACGAAAUGAAGGAUCUUUUUGAGGCAAAAGAUCAGCAGCUUUUUACUGAUCUAUAUAUUGUUGCGCUUGAAAAAAUUUCGAGAGAUAAAUAA